AUGGGCAAAACCCCGCGCGUGGCAAUUAUCGGAGCUGGCGUCUCCGGGCUACGAUGCGCAGACAUCCUCGGCCAGAACGGCGCUCAAGUAACGAUUUUUGAGGCUAGAGAUCGAGUUGGGGGGAGAGUCGCCCAGAGCAAGGUUGGAGAUCAUUUAGUUGAUCUCGGACCGAACUGGAUCCAUGGCGGGCAGGACAAUCCAAUCUCAGUCAUCGCCGAGUCAACAAAGACAGAACUAGAAGACUUUGACGAGUAUCAAAUCGUCUUCUCGAAGGACGGAAAACCACUCGAUGACAAACUCGCUGCCAAAGUCUCUGAUUUCGUGUGGACGACUAUCGGAGAGGCGUUUGAGUAUAGCAAUACGUACAAAGAUAGUAUCCCGUCGGGUCGGAGCUUGUUCGAUUUCUUCCAAGAGAGGGUUGAGAAGAAAGGGUUCAAUGAGGAGGAGAAAGAGGCUUGUCUUGAGAGUUGUAGGUUGUGGGGAUCUUAUGUUGGGGAUCCGGUUGAAAGGCAGAGUUUGAAAUUUUUUUGUUUGGAGGAGUGCAUUGAUUCGAGUAAUUGUUUUGUGUCUUCUACGUAUCAGAAGAUCCUCGAGUUUGUAUCCAAGGCUGCGCUAAAGUAUGCGAAUGUUCGGUUCAAACAGCCUGUUGUGGGGAUUGAAGCAGAACCUCGCGGGAACAAGGCAGAUCACCAGGUUAUACUGUCCACUGCAGAUGGACAGAAAUAUGAAUUCGACGAGGUUGUUGUAACAUGUCCUUUGGGAUGGCUGAAACGAAACAAAUCUGCAUUCGCACCCGACCUCCCUCCUCGUCUUAUCCGGGCCAUUAAUAACAUUUCUUAUGGCCGACUUGAAAAGGUCUAUGUGACAUUUCCGCAGGCAUUUUGGCAUACCGAGAGAGCAGACCAUAAACCCCCGAAUUUCGCGAUGUUCCUCGACCCAAAAUAUUCAAACCAUCCAAAAGAUAUCAUUUGGAAUCAAGAAUGUGUCUCUCUUGCAACCCUCGGCCCGCAGGCCCACUCAACCCUGCUCUUUUACAUCCAUGGACCGUGUGCAAGCCAUGUCGUUUCCAACAUCUCAAAUUUGUCACCUUCGUCACCUGAAUACUACGACUAUCUCAACGACUUCCUCCAUCCAUUCUACUCCCGUCUGCACGGCUAUUCCGCUGCAUCCCCCGACUGCAAACCGCUCGCCUUCCUCGCAACACAAUGGCAAACAGACCCAUACGCAGGCAACGGCUCGUACAGCAACUUCCAGGUCGGUUUGGAACAAGGCGACAAGGACAUCGAAGUUCUCCGCGACGGUGCUGGAAUUGGAGAAGAACGCGGGGUUUGGUUUGCCGGCGAACAUACAGCCCCGUUCGUAGCGCUCGGAACAACAACGGGAGCAUACUGGAGCGGAGAAAGAGUAGCCGGAAGAGUAUGCCAAAUCUACGGACUUGAUGGGAUUGGGAUUGGAACCGAGAGGGAUGAUUCUCUCCCUUCACAGAUUCCGAUUACCUAG